AGACAACAUCAUAUGCAAAAUUCUCAAAUCAAACAUCCUAUACCAUUCCAUAUAUCUUUUCCUUUUCCACAAUAAUAGCGCACACACAUAAUAAUAUACCCACAAAUGUUGCAAAUUUCAUGCAAUUAUUUACAUGCAAAAUUCAAACCAUAUAAUAACCUCAUCACUAUCACGCUCACUUUCUCACCCCACCAUUCCAAUUUCUCACCCCCUCAACAAACCACCACAAUCCGCCGAUCAAUGCCGACCGGCGAACUUCACUACACCACCCCACCAAAGGCGGCAGCCACCACCAACAACUCCGCCGUCGUUGGUGCCUCCGACGAAGGCUGGCUAUGGUCACAAAUCAAAGCCGAAGCACGCCGCGACGCGGAAUCGGAACCAGCACUAGCAAGCUACCUAUACUCAACAAUUCUCUCUCACUCUUCACUCGAACGUUCACUUUCGUUUCAUCUUGGUAACAAGCUUUGUUCUUCGACGCUUCUUUCGACGCUUCUUUAUGACCUUUUUCUUAACGCUUUUGCGACUGAUCCGUCGCUAAGUUCUGCUGCUGUUGCUGAUCUUCGUGCUGCUCGUGAACGUGAUCCUGCUUGUAUCUCUUACUCUCACUGUUUGCUCAAUUACAAGGGAUUUCUUGCUUGUCAGGCGCACCGUGUGGCACACCUGUUGUGGAGGCAAGCUCGGCAGCCAUUAGCGCUAGCGCUACAUUCUCGCGUUGCUGAUGUAUUUGCGGUGGAUAUUCACCCGGCGGCAAGGAUUGGAAAAGGGGUUUUGUUCGACCACGCCACAGGGGUGGUGGUGGGUGAGACAGCGGUGAUCGGAAAUAAUGUGUCGAUCCUGCACCACGUCACGCUGGGUGGGACUGGUAAGGUUGGUGGGGAUCGGCAUCCCAAGAUUGGGGAUGGGGUGCUCAUUGGUGCUGGGGCUACCAUUCUUGGCAAUAUUAAGAUUGGGGAAGGUGCUAAGAUAGGUGCUGGGUCUGUGGUUUUGAUUGAUGUGCCGCCGCGGACCACUGCGGUUGGUAACCCAGCGAGAUUGGUUGGUGGUAAGGAGAAGCCAUCUCAGCUUGAGGAUGUGCCUGGGGAGUCCAUGGACCAUACUUCCUUUAUCUCCGAGUGGUCUGAUUAUAUCAUUUAAAUUUCCAAGGCGAAAUUCUUGAAAUCAAACACUUGAUGUUGGAUUUGCACGGCUUUAGAACAAAAUUUGCUUUUCCCAUCUCCUCUGUUUUGAUGGUCUGAUCUUGUAAUUGAGCGAUUGUAUUGAGAUUUUGUAGUGAUUAAUAGUCUAAUAGUCACUAAACUAUAUUACAAAGUGGCCCUGUAAUUUAAGUGUAAUAAUAAGGCUAUGUUGAUCACUGAUAUGAAAAUUUGUUUGACUGCUUACUGCACUGCAUUAUGAGUGGAAAUUUUAGCAUUGAGCGAUGUAUUAAAACAUGGUUCGGAAUAAAGUAGCUAGUUUUCUUGAUUA